AUGGCUGCGUCUUUUAAUCCCGGCGCCUCCGCACGGGCUCGACUUACGGAUGAUGCAAUAUUUGAACAAUUGUUGGACGGAAAUGUAUCGGAGAUUGAAGAUUUUAGCGACGAUGACUUGGAUUUUGAACCAAAUAAUCUGUUUGAUCAAUUGGCAUGCGAAGAUCUCUCCGAUGGUGAUAUUCCUAAUGAAGAUGAAGAAAUUAGUCACCAAUUAUCACCAUUGAUAUGUUCACCAGUGAUACCGCAACCUUCUGCUCCAUUAAUGACGCAACAUUUUCCUCCAACAACGACUGAAUCUCCAUCAACAAUGCAGUCGCCUUGCCCAUCCUUUUUGUUCCACCUUAAGUCCGCCUUACGAGGAAAGAUGCUCCAGUUUGCUGUUCAUUGCAUGAAUUAUGAGAGUAACUACGAGUUAUGGAAUAAUCCAUCUCUCGCCGGCUUUUACAAGUUUCCCAGCUUCGCCGAAGGUUUCUUGGAGGUAAGGCAUCAUGAAGGCGGACCACCUAAUCUACGACACCUGAGGAGCCACAAAUCGGAUGGCCGGCCUUCUCAAAAGAAGUAA